ACUAUUUUUUAAUGCUCAAUGGCAGUGUAGUUCCAGAUUUUUCGUAGCGCUUUGGGUUCUUUCGCAUCCUCGACAUCCUGUCUCGGCGACGGCGGAGCGGGAUGACGAUGUUCCACUUCGUAAAUUGCGUGAUUCUCACAUUCGGCCCGCAUGCCGUUUACUACUCCGCCACUCCUCUGUCGGAGUAUGACACUAUUGGAACGUCAGUGAAAGCUCUGGUCGUCUAUCUUGUAACAACACUGGUGAAGCUUAUUUGCCUUGCAACCUUUCUAAAGGUUUCUGAGACUGACGGCUUUGAUCCACAUCAGGAACUGAUGAGGACACUUAUUGGCUUCAUAGACGUUGCUGGGAUUUAUUUUGCAUUGACUCAAUUGACUCAUAGGAACAUCUCUCAAACUCAUAAAUUCCAAGCUGUUGGACUAGGAUGGGCAUUUGCUGAUUCAGUUCUAUACAGGCUGGCACCUCUCUGGAUUGGUGCUAGAGGCUUGGAAUUUACGUGGGAAUACAUAUUCCAAGGCCUUGAAGCAAAUGCGAAUCUGGUUCUGAAUUUAUCACUUGCUGCAUUGGUAUCACUGAUGUGGCUUAGGAAGAACAAACCCAAAAUUGUAAUCCCAAUUAUUUAUGCCUGCGCUGUCCUACUUGCAUCGAUGCCAUCCAUUGUCAGCUAUUUGAGAAAAGCGCUGGGUUGGGAACCUCUGAAGGUGGUGGGAUUUGAGCUAACUUCGUCCCUGGUGAUGGCUUUUAUCAGCUGGCAACUUUUCUACGCUUGCCAGAGACAAGUAUGAUGAAUCUUUCUAUCUCAAAUAAAGCGAAUAAAUUCUGUUGGGGAAAAGUUGUAAUUGUCGGUUGCCAUAUUUACCAGAAAAUUGAUUGUUAACUUAUUCCCUACCACGUCGUAUCAUUCACUUUUUAGCUUGAAUUUUUACAUCUUUCGAGACCUGAUGAAGAGCAAUCGGUUUCCAUAUUCUUAUAUCAUUGGUGAUAUAUACAUUUUUGUCAGGUAUGUAUGGCUGUUUCCUAUGCCUAUUCCCAUUGCAUCAGACUAGAAAUUCUAAUAUUAUGAUAUGGAACUAUAGUAACUACAUGUACCUUUUCUUGUGCUCAUGUAGACUUAUGUUAUACAUAUUGAUUUGGAAUCCAAUUUAA